AUGUCGAAAAACAAUACAAUGACGUCUGCAGUGUCUGACCUGCUGUCACAACAGCAGCUGAAUCUUCAACACUUGCACAAUUUGCAACAACACACGAGGAGUAUGACUUCGGCAGACCACGCCAACGUUUUGCAACAACAACAACAACAGCAGCAGGCACAGAGUGCGAGCUUUCGUAAUGGUAGUUUGACGUCUGCUGACAUAAACCAGCAGAACUAUUUGAAUGGCCAGCCAGUUAAUUCUACUAGCAACUCUACGUUCCAAAAUAAUAGAACUUUAACAAUGAAUUCUGGAGGGUUGCAAGGUACAGUAACCAACGGUGCUCCCAACGUCGACUCAAGUACUAAUGUUACCAUUGCCGCUACAGAGGGGAACAAUAAUAGCUCUAAGCCAUUACAGGGUAGAAACUCCUUAACAAAUACUUCACUGCUUUCAAGAGCUAGAUCCUCCUUGCAACGUCAAAGACUCAACCAGCAACAACAACAACAACAGGAUCCCAGAUCGCCAUUGGUCAUAUUAGUGCCUACUGCGGCUCAGCCUACUGAUAUUCUUGCGGCAAGAUUUUCUGCUUGGAGAAAUGUUAUCAAGUCAGUGAUUGUUUACUUGACAGAAAUUGCUUCUAUUCAAGACGAAAUUGUCAGACAACAAUUGAGACUAUCACAUGCGGUACAAUUUCCAUUUUUUUCUAUCGAAAAUCAAUAUCAACCAAGCUCACAGGAAGACAAAUCGGUGCAAAAGUUUUUCCUACCUUUGGGCAAUGGCUCGGUACAGGACCUACCAACAAUUUUGAACCAAUAUCACGAAUCUCUGGCAUCCAGUGCGUCUAAGGCAUCGAGAGAAUUGACCAAUGAUGUUAUCCCCCGUUUAGAAGAUUUAAGAAGGGACUUAUUGGUCAAGAUAAAGGAAAUAAAAUCGCUGCAAUCGGAUUUCAAAAAUUCUUGUUCUAAAGAAUUGCAACAAACCAAACAGGCAAUGAAACAAUUUCAAGAAUCAUUAAAAGAAGCACGCUAUUCAGUACCCAAACAGGAUCCCUUCUUGACCAAGUUAGCCUUGGAUAAACAAAUCAAAAGGCAACUCCAAGAAGAGAAUUUUCUGCAUGAAGCCUUUGAUAAUUUGGAAACUUCAGGUGCCGAAUUAGAGAAAAUUGUUGUUAUGGAAAUCCAAAACUCUCUAACAAUAUAUGCAAGAUUACUGGGACAAGAAGCGCAGUUGGUUUUCGAUAUAUUAAUAUCCAAAUUGGACUCUGGAUUUUUCAAUAUUGAUCCACAAUUUGAAUGGGAUAAUUUCAUUUCAAGAGAUCCCAACUUUCUAUUACCUAACCUGCCAAUGAGAACGUUCAAAGAAAUUGUUUACAAGUAUCAAUUUGAUCCAUUAACCUAUGAAAUCAAAUCUGGGUUUUUGGAAAGAAGAUCGAAAUUUUUAAAGUCCUACUCAAAGGGUUAUUACGUUCUAACACCGAAUUUCUUACAUGAAUUCAAGACGGCAGAUAGGAAAAAGGAUUUAGUCCCAGUGAUGUCAUUAGCAUUAAGUGAAUGUACCGUGACAGAACAUUCCAGAAAAAACACUACAUCAUCACCAAAUUCGGCUGGUUCGGAUGCUAAAUUUGUGUUACACGCCAAGCAAAAUGGUAUAAUUCGUCGUGGUCAUAAUUGGGUUUUCAAGGCCGACUCUUAUGAAACUAUGAUGUCUUGGUUUGAUAAUUUGAAGAUCUUGACAUCUACUGCAAGCUUACAAGACAAAUAUAAAUUCAUCACUCAAAAGUUGAACUUAAAUUCAGAUGGGAAACCUAAAGCAAAUGAUAAUAACCCCGGUAACGUCAAGUACCAACAAAAUAACACUAAUAACACAACGAUGGAAAAUGACGAAAACGAUGAUAUGAACAGUAAUUAUGUGGAGUCCACAAUCACACCCAAAUUGGACAAUCAAACAAACACAAACACAUCCAUGUCGUCAUUACCUAACACCAACGAUUCUGAAUUACAGGAUCAAGUUCCCAAUAUUUAUAUUCAAACCCCAAUAAGCGAUUUUAAAUCAUAA